GCGGUGGGCGUUUCACACGUACGGAGGAAGAGCAGGUGCAACACCAGAACCCAACCGAGCAGCAAUUUCACAACAACCGUUAUCAACGCAGAGGGGAGAGAAAGCGACCCAGGCCCGUAGAUACGUUUCGUGAUAGAGGAACACGCCCGUUAAUCCUUGUCGUUGUUGGAGAGUCCGGAGGCCCGUUGACAUGACUCUGAACCAGAACAACUCGGAGUCCGGCGGAGUCAUCAUCAACAACAGUGAAAGUGUGUUGAUGAACUAUGAUAAUGUGGAGCUGGUUUUCUGUGAUGCGGACCGUCUGCCUGAGGCCUUCAGAAAGAGCAAGAAGGGCAGCAUCUACCUAACUCCAUACAGGGUGAUCUUUGUGGCUAAAGGGCGGGAUGCACUGCUGUCCUUCAUGAUGCCCUUCUACCUAAUAAAGGGAUGUGAGGUCAAACAACCUGUAUUGGGAGCCAAUUACAUCAAGGGUACUGUCAACGCAGAGCCUGGAGGAGGCUGGGAGGGCAGCGCCAUGUUCAAGCUCAUCUUUGCUGCUGGAGGAGCUAUAGAGUUCGGCCAGUACAUGCUGCAGGUCGCAGCUCAGGCGUCAAGAGGUCAGCCAGUCACUGCUGGGUUUGGUGGAUGCCCCUACAUGGCGAACGGGGCCUAUUCUUACCCUCCUCCCCCUGCUAACGGGAUGUACCCUGCCGGACCUCCGCCCGGCUACUCCUACCCCAACCCCCCUCCACCAGGUGGAUUCUACCCCAACCCUCCAGCGUUUGAUGCCAGUGCGGCCUACAUACCUCCGCCUCCUUAUUCUGCUCCUCUAGGCCAGCAGCCCCCCCAUGACCCAGACCUCCCCUCCUCUGCAGCAGCCGAGGCCAAAGCAGCUGAGGCAGCAGCGAGCGCCAGCUGUGCCACGCUGCCUCCUACACAUGUGUACCUGCCGCAGGACAAGCCUCCUCCUUACUCCCCUCCAGAGGACAAGAAGAACCAGUAACCUGCUCCACCUCCAUCCUACUGGAUCACCUCCUUCCUUUGUCUUUAACUGGACAUCAGGAAGGCCUCAGUUUUCCUUUUUACCAUCAUUCCCUUUUACAUUCUCAUUAAUGAUUCAUAUGUUGUGACCUUUUACUUUAUGGAAAAAAGUUAGAAAUCUUUGAGAGAAACAAGAUGAUUGUUCAGGCCAAAGUGGUCAGGACUUUAUUUCAGUACGGUCGACAGGUGUCCCAAAAACUCAUCUCGCCACCCUAAACUUAAUGUUGCGACACUCACUUAUAACUUUCUACGACUGGAUCUAAUGACGUUAAUUGCUAAUCUAUUCAGAGGCAAACUGAAUGCAGUGUUUUAUUUUUCUAUUAUUUGUGUGUACAGGCUUUUAAUAUGUAGACGAGAGAUAUUUUUCUCAAGAACACUAACCUAGCUUUUGUAAAGAGAGCAGAUUGCUUUGAAAUGUUUUACUGGAUGAUUUUGGUGGACCACGAAGAUUAGAGCAGCGUCGAGCCCCCGCACUGAAUCCCCUGAUCCUGGAUUAGAGCAGAGGAGGGAUUAUCUUUGUAAAUGUGCAAGUACAGAGCAGCCACUUCCUGUUUGUCAUCAUGCCUCUGAACUAGGGAUGUCACAUGACCAGACAUUUAGUCGUCGAUACCAGUUUAAUUCUACGAUUCUCGAUGCCACGGUAAAAUAAAAUCCCCUCUACUUAUUACC